AUGGCUCAAAGAGCUGUGACACUCUUGGUUCUCUCUGUUCUCCACGUCUGCCUCCCUCAUCCUCUCAUCCGCCCCCCCAAUUGGCUCCGAAACUGUCGUGCCUCCUCUAACCUCUCCAUCCUGGCCCUGGAGGUGCUGCCAGGUGGAGGCUGGGACAACCUGCGCAACAUGGACAUGGGCCGUGUUAUGAACCUCAGCUACUCCCAAUGCCAGACCACCGAGGACGGACUCUACCUCAUCCCAGAUGAGGUUUUUGUCAUCCCCCAGAAGGAGACGGGUGUGGAGACCAACUCAGAUAUCAUUAGCUCCUGGCUGGACCAGAAGAGCUCCACAUCCUACACGAUAAAUUCCGAUGGAUCCUUCCUCUCGAUACUGAAUGCCAAGUACUCUGUGGAGAAUCAGAGGAUGAAAACCCAUCAGGUUAAACUGUCCACCACAACAGCCCGAGUACAGGUUCGAAACCUCAUCUAUACAGUAAAGGCCUAUCCUGACUUUACCAUGGACUCCCGUUUUAGUCAGCAAGUAGCAGAGAUUUCGGAUGCCAUUGAAAACAACCGCACCAAGUAUGCGGCAUACCUUUCUGAGAAGAUGGUGCUUGAUUAUGGGACCCAUGUAAUAACCAGUGUCGAUGCCGGGGCUUCAUUAGUGGAAGAAGACUACUUGCAGACCUCUUACGUGUCUGACAGCACGUCACAAAGCUCCUCUGUCACAUCACUGGCUGGCUUAAACUUCUUCGACAAACUCAAGUUUGACAUCAGCAGCAAGAACGCAGAACAGAGCUCAGUGCUUCAAACAUACCAGUCUAAAAUCCAGUACUCUGUCAUCCAGAGCCACGGAGGUUCACCGUUCUACCCUGGCAUCACUCUGCAGAAGUGGCAGGAGAGUAUCAGGAACAACCUGGUUGGCAUCGAUCGGUCAGGACUACCGCUACAUUACUUUAUAAACACCAACACCUUCCCUGAUCUGCCAGAACCUACUGUUGGUAAGGUGGCUCUGUCAGUGAGUCAGGCCAUACAGUGCUACUACAGAGUCAACACCCACCGCGGAUGUGUUGAUAUUAACUCCCAAAACUUCAACUUCCAGGCUAAUGUGGAUGACAACUCCUGUGAGGGCCCUGCCACCAACCUCAGCUUUGGAGGUGUCUAUCAAAUGUGUACAAAACUCAGCGCAGAUGCAGACCCCCUGUGCCAGGCCCUGGCCCAGAAGAACCCAGCUACAGGUGACUUCUCAUGCCGUCAGCCUUACCGAGCAACUUUGCUGCGAUCAGAAGUGAGACAGCAGGGUUAUAAUUUGUAUGAGUGCCAUGAUGAGAGUCAUCACUGUGGGCUCUUUGGAUGGUCCAGAUGCCAUCGUCAAGUGUGUGAGAACAACUACUAUGUUCGCUCUGCUCACAUCAAUACCUUCUGGUGCUCUGUAAAUGGAACGGCCCCAGAGGACUCAGGGUACCUGUUUGGAGGCCUUUAUGGCCCUUCCCUUCAGAAUCCCUUGACCAAAGCCAAGAGCUGCCCUGCUAACUUUAUUCCAGUACAGUUCCUCUCUGAUGGUCUGAUGAUCUGUGUGAGUAAUGACUAUGAGGCUGGCACCAAAUACUCAGUGCCGUUUGGAGGCCUCUUCAGCUGCGAGUCAACCAACCCCCUGGCUGGUGGUCAGCGGCGCUGCCCAGCUAAAUUCAGUCAGCAUAUGGCCACUGUUAGUGAUGGCUGUGAGAUUCUCUACUGUGUCCAGUCAGGGCUGUUCACUGGUGGGCAACUGCUACCAAUUCGUCUGCCUCCUUUCACCCGACGCCCACUGGUUAGUAGCCUCGCCACGAACACGGUCAUGGUAAUGACUGAGGGAGAGAAGAGCUGGAUCCGAGUAGGACAGACCAAGAUGUGGAAACUAGCGAGCCCCAAGGAAAUCAAGGAGACCAUACAGAGACUUGGCUCAGCAUCAGGUCAGAUGUCUGAGGGAGCAAAGACUGGAAUUGCCUUUGGUGUUAUUGCCUUGUUGGUCUUGGCGGUUGUAGGUGUGGUGCAGCUGCUGAGGAAGAAGCAGAGGCUAUUGUCUGGAGUCAUGAGGAACAGGAGCUAUAUGGAAAUAAGAGGAGAGGUGGAUGAUAGUGAAGGAAAGGUGGAGACAGAGGAGGAGACAGAGGAGGAGACCUCAGCGGUAUACACAACAUAGAGGUUCUUCCCCCAGAAUUAGAGCUGAAUAUGAUAUAGCUCUGGUAGCUUGUUUUAAACACAUUUCAAACAUUACUCUUUACUUUUGUGGAGAAUGAAAGUAUCCUGAUGUGAGAGCAGAUAAGAGCAUCAGCAUAAUGUAUUAAUUAAUAAUUGUUCUUGAAAUAAUUUUUUUAAUGAAUAAUUUAAAUCUAUUGGAAUUUGCAUUGAUUAUUAUUCCUUUGAAAUGUUUACAUACCAAUAAAACGUUGACAAAAGGAGUGCUCACUGCUUUGCAUAACAAAUAACGCUUAUUUCCAAUUUUUAAGCUUUAGAGAUAAACAUAUUGGAAGAAUUUCUCCCCCUAUACCCAUUCUUUGCCAUGCAUAUUUUUUAACUCUCCAUAUUUUUCACCCUUUGUGUUAUAAAUUUUGUUUUAUAUUACACUUAUGUCAUAACAGACGGUGAAAGUAUAACUAGAAAAGAUCCAAAAAGUUGUGUGCUUGUAGGGAAACGAAUACCCUAGCCUAGGUAAAAGAGAGAGGCAGGUGCCGGGCAGCACGCCAACAGCGCCAUCUGGUGGUGAGGGUGAACACACUCAUGUGGCAGCCUGCCUAGCAAGCGCUCUCUUUUUGACUUUGAACUACUUUGAUGUUAAGAUUUGAAAAACCUCGCACUUUAAAUGUGCCACACAGAAUCCCUUUGGUGAGCAAAUAGCAUUGCAUUGCACAUUUUCAUUGCUAAAAUGACAGUUGGAUUUACUUGUGAUUAACAUGAAAUUAACAUAAAAGGACUUGAUAGGCUCCAGCAUCCCUGCGGCCCUGAGUAGGAUAAGCAGUUUGGAUAAUGGAUGGAUGGAUGGACUUUUAGGUCAUCCAACUGCUGCUGGCUCAUGGUCCAGAUAGUGUCACAAGCUCCCUAUAGGCCCUUAUUCAUCUUAAAAACCUGACUUUUAAUGUGUUCAUUCUCUUAAUUGCCUGUUCUUCUUGUUUGCUUGUUUGUUUUAUGAAGCACAUUGUAACCUAUAAUU